CACUCUCUCUAUCACCCUCUCAACGGAACCACCUAAGAUAUUUUUCAACAACCACCUCGUAUUCCAAACCAAACAACUGUAUAUUGGGGCCAUGACAAGCUUAUCAGAUAGUCAAUUAUCUGCUACAUAUGGAAGUGAAGAAGAAUUCGCAAUUAAGAAAGGAUCAUGGACUGAGGAAGAAGAUUCUCUUCUGAUCAACUAUGUCAACCUCCACGGCGAAGGCCACUGGAAUUCCCUCGCUCGCUCUGCUGGUCUAAAGCGAACGGGUAAAAGCUGCAGACUAAGAUGGUUGAACUACUUGCGUCCAAAUGUUCGACGUGGGAACAUCACUCUUCAAGAACAGCUCUUGAUUCUCGAACUCCAUUCCCGCUGGGGCAACCGGUGGGCUAAAAUAGCAGAACAGUUGCCUGGGAGAACAGAUAAUGAAAUAAAGAACUAUUGGAGGACGAGAGUGUUGAAGCAAGCCAAGCAACUCAAAUGUGAUGUGAACAGCAAGCAGUUUAGGGAUGCUGUGCGUUUUGUUUGGAUGCCACGCCUUAUGGAGCGGAUUCAGGCUUCUUCUGGGAAUGUUUAUUCUUCCUAUGGACAUGGUCAAACCACAUUGUGCAACACUCAAACCCACGGUGAAUCUAGUGGGGUCAAUCCCAUGAUGUUUUCUGAAAGCUCAAUGAUUUCCUCGUACUCUUCAGGGGUUGAUGUUCAGCCUCCUUCUCUCUCUGAUGCGAGUACAACUUCAUCUUGCAAUUUAAUGGGAGAUGGUAGCUGUUCAUCGGAAAGUGUUGAAAAGGGUUGGCAGCAGUGGGACUACUCUGAUCUCCAAGCAUUUGAACCGAACCAUGGUUUUGGUGAUGCAGACUUGUGGACCGAUGAAAAUAUGUGGUUUUUGCAGCAGCAUCUUGCUGAUGAUUUUUGAUCCAGUUUUUCUUUAUAUUAGUUAGUUCAAAGAUAUCAGAGUUUAUCUGACUUGAUAAACUACUGAAUGAAAUUUAACUCAUGAUUGAUUGUUUGUAACUGUCCAACUACUGAAUGAUAUAUAUUCUUUUUUACAGAAGUAAAA